AGCUGCGCCGGGAGGGCUGCGGGCACCGCGCACCUCCCCACAGUCAUGUAUCAGGAUGUGAGAUUAUGUUCCAUAAUUGUGGAAUGGAAAAAUGUUUUGGCAAUGAUGUGAGAAGUCUUGGAAAGCUGAAACAACUUGAAAUUGAAUGGAAAGACCUACCUUUGCUCCAUACUGAGAUGAUACAUCUGUACAUUUGUGUUCUCAGAAUUCAAGAUCUCCUCGCCAGGGGCACUAUAUAGAAAUAUGAUAGCAACCGGAGGAGUCAUAACAGGACUGGCUGCCUUAAAAAGGCAAGACUCUGCCAGAUCUCAGCAACAUGUAAAUCUUGCUGGAGUACCAGUUCCUGAGGAGAAGAAACCAGUUAGACGCCGGCCCAGGACAGAUGUAGUAAUUGUCAGGGGCAAAAUCCGUCUCUAUUCUCCAUCAGGAUUCUUUCUUGUUUUGGGAGUGCUUAUCGCAUUCUUUGGAAUUGCAAUGGCCAUCCUUGGAUACUGGCCCCAGAAGGAACAGCUGUUAGCAUCUGAAGAUAAUCCAUCUGUAAAUGAAACCCGGACCCCGAGAAGCCAAGGAAGCAUUUUACUUCGCUUCUUUGAGCAGCACAUGCACUCGGAUAAGAUGAAAAUGCUGGGGCCUUUCACUAUGGGCAUUGGAAUCUUCAUUUUUAUUUGUGCAAAUGCCAUUCUGCAUGAAAACCGUGACAAGGAAACAAAAAUAAUACACAUGAGAGACAUAUAUUCCACUGUAAUAGACAUCCACACCCUGAGGAUCAGAGAGCAAAAACAGCUGAGUGGUGCCUUCACUGGCUUGUUGGGGGAAGGAGAACUCCGGCACAGCGGGAGCUCCUGUGCAUCACGGCUGGCUGCAAACACAGUUGCACCUUUCUCUGGCUUCAAGAAUAAUCUUAAAAUGGAUAGUUCUGCUGAGGAAGAUGAGAUUACCCUAAAUGAAGAUAGGACCACUAGUACCCUCCUGCCACCUCUGCUGGCUGAGAAGUCCAGUUCAGUCUUUGGACUUUACCCUCACUCCAGCAAGGCUUCAGAUGACAAAAACACUAACUCUAUAAAAUGUGAAACAAAAUCCAUUGUAUCUUCUUCCAUUAGUGCUUUCACACUGCCAGUAAUUAAACUGAAUAACUGUGUUAUCGAUGAACCCAGUAUAGACAACAUAACUGAGGACUCGGAGAUCACCAGGAGUCAGUCUAGAAAUCUGUCAAUGGAUUCUCUGGCCAUUCCACUAACUGAUACCCAUGAAUCCUACAGGCCAGCUGCUUCCAUGCUGCCACGACACAAUUCGUUUGUGGACACUCCAUCUGAUCCGUUCAAAUCUUCUGUGACUCUUGGACCAAGCACAGGAAAGCUUUUAUCUCCUGGUGCUGCCAGGAAGCAGUUUGGUUCCAACACAUCUUUGCAUCUUCUGACCUCACAUUCUAAGUCCCUGGACUUGGACAGGGGUCCGUCUACACUCACUGUCCAAGCUGAACAAAGGAAACACCCCAGCUGGCCCAGACUGGAUCGGAGCAACAGUAAAGGCUAUAUGAAACUAGAAAACAAGGAGGACCCAAUGGAUAGGUUACUUGUGCCACAAGCAGCAGUCAAGAAAGACUUCACUAAUAAGGAGAAGCUUCUUAUGAUAUCAAGAUCUCAUAAUAAUUUGAGUUUUGAACAUGAUGAGUUUUUGAGUAACAACUUGAAGCGAGGAACUUCAGAAACAAGAUUUUAAUGUUUAAAUUGCAAUUUAGAAGAUGUCAUACAGUAUUUUUUAAAAAAGCAUUUUGACAAGUGUUUCCUUUUCAGUGAGACUGUACAAGCCUGUUCUUAACCAAAUGCUUAAUAGCCCAUUAAAACUGGCUUGUGCGAUCAGAGAUCUUCAUCUUUGUAAUACCAAGAGUUUCUUGUCUUAGGAACAUUCGGCUGCAAUACUGUACAUUAUCAUGGCUCGGACAGUUCUGUUACGACUGAUUCCAAUUAUUCCCAAGUCACUAUCUCUUUAGUUCUAUAUAUGCAUGUUACUUUUCACGAAUUUGACUCCAGGAGACUGCAUUAGGAAAAAAGCUCACUUUACCUGUAAGUUCUCUUGAUUUAGAGACUGCAAGAGAUUGAAAGCCAUGGUCUUGUGGUUUAGAAUGGGAAGUGAGCAGGAGCACGUACUGGAAUUGUUGAAUCUAGGCCUUUAUUCCUAGGUGUUGUCUUUCACAUGCAGUACAUCUCAGUAACUGCAGUCUUGCCAUUGUCAUUGUGAGAAACUUGUUUACAUACUGGGGUGGGUGGAUAGAAAAGAGUGGAUAUAAUAAAACCAUUUUUGUGAAUUCACUGUAAUUGAUCAAGCUGAAUACCAGUGUUGUGAAUUAUUAACUAUGCUUUGUACAAUAAUCUUUCUACAUCCAUUGUAAUUUAAUCCUGUAAUUCUGGAAAAGCAUAUAUAAAGUAAGAAAUCUGAAUUUUUUUCUGAGAUUAAGUCUCUAAACCACUUUGAUUGACAGCAGUUUUAAAAUCAAAAUAGAAAGAUUCAAUUAAAGCUUAGGAAGAUGAUGAAUGCCAACAGGAUUUUAGAAACAUGGUGUAUAAUAAGAUGAUAUUGUAACUUGCAUCUGAAGACAAUAUGGAGAAUGAAUAUAUUGCCUCUCAUUACAGUAACAAGAUGCUAAAUAGCUAGAUCUCUAUGUUCAAAAUACUGAUACAAAGCAUACAAUUCAGUAAGUAUACUAACACAGUAUGAAAGCCCCUUGCCUAAAUUUUGAUUUAUAUAUUUCACAUAAUUAUUGGUGUGAUGGUUUACCGAAGCCUUUGCUGUGUCAAUUUGCAUUACAAGAUUUUGUAAUUGGAAAAGGAAUUGACAUUUAAAACAAUGUUUUUCUCAGCAAGGCAAGCUUCACAGUUGACAGUUGUAGGCUAUUGCUAAAGGAGAAUUGGAAUGUGCAUAUCAGAAGGUUUUCAUGUACUUCAUUGCUGUUUAGGCCAUGAUCCUGCCAUUACAGCCGUGCUGGAGAAUGUCCCUUCAAAACUGCAAGGCUCACCCAACAGGAGUUGGUCUUAAUUGGUCGGAUUGGAUAUAUUCACUUACCCUAAAUACUCAGGAAUUAUUUUUAAUGGCUUUUCCCAAAAAGAAUCAAGCUUGUUAAAAUGUUGCAAUUUCUCAAUUACUUAGAUUAUGAAAGAUUGAGGAUAAAAUACCCUCUCUUCUGUUGUUUGUUUGUUGUUUGUCUGGUUUUUUAAUAUUCAGCUCCGUAUUUCAACUGCACAAUGUUUAUGUAUCAGGAGCAUUACUUGCUCAGUGAGUUGAGGCAUAGUGUUAACUGUUAGAACCUCAAGCCUAUAUAUUGUAACAGAGUUGGCUAAAUAUUUUGCUAUGAAGCUUUUAAUAACUCACUGGUUUGUGUUCUUAAGACAUUUGCUAU